AGCGCGCCGGCGCAGUGCGUCGGUCUCAGGCUGACUGCCGCGGUGAGUUCCUGACUUCUCUUACUGUUAGCGCUGGUGAAGGAAACAUGGUGCUGGAUCUGGAUUUGUUUCGGGUGGAUAAGGGAGGGGACCCAGCCCUCAUCCGAGAGUCGCAGGAGAAGCGCUUCAAGGACCCGGGACUAGUGGAUCAGCUGGUGAAGGCGGACGGCGAGUGGCGACGAUGCAGGUUUCGGGCAGACAACUUGAACAAGCUGAAGAACCUGUGCAGCAAGACGAUUGGGGAGAAAAUGAAGAAAAAGGAGCCAGUGGGAGAUGAGUCCGUUCCAGAGAAUGUAUUAAAUCUUGAUGACCUCACUGCAGACGCUUUAGCUAAUUUGAAAGUCUCGCAAAUCAAAAAAGUCCGGCUCCUCAUCGACGAAGCCAUCCUAAAGUGUGAUGCUGAGCGGAUAAAGCUGGAGGCAGAGCGGUUUGAGAACCUCCGAGAGAUCGGGAACCUCCUGCAUCCCUCUGUGCCCAUCAGUAAUGACGAGGAUGCGGACAACAAAGUGGAGAGGAUCUGGGGCGACUGUACGGUCAGGAAGAAGUACUCUCACGUGGACCUGGUGGUGAUGGUAGAUGGCUUUGAAGGCGAAAAGGGGGCCGUGGUGGCUGGGAGUCGAGGGUACUUCCUGAAGGGGGUCCUUGUGUUCCUGGAACAGGCACUCAUCCAUUACGCCCUCCGCACCCUGAGGAAUCGGGGCUACACUCCCAUUUACACCCCGUUUUUCAUGAGGAAGGAGGUCAUGCAGGAGGUGGCACAGCUCAGCCAGUUUGAUGAAGAACUUUAUAAGGUGAUUGGCAAAGGCAGUGAAAAAUCUGAUGACAACUCCUAUGAUGAGAAAUACCUGAUCGCUACCUCAGAGCAGCCCAUUGCUGCGCUACACCGGGACGAGUGGCUACGGCCAGAGGAUUUGCCCAUCAAGUAUGCUGGCCUGUCCACCUGCUUUCGCCAGGAGGUGGGCUCCCAUGGCCGCGACACCCGUGGCAUCUUUCGAGUCCAUCAGUUUGAGAAGAUUGAACAGUUCGUCUACUCAUCGCCACAUGACAACAAGUCGUGGGAGAUGUUUGAAGAGAUGAUUGCCACUGCCGAGGAGUUCUACCAGUCUUUGGGGAUCCCUUACCACAUUGUGAACAUUGUCUCAGGUUCUUUGAAUCAUGCCGCCAGCAAGAAGCUUGACCUGGAGGCCUGGUUUCCGGGCUCGGGAGCCUUCCGUGAGUUAGUCUCCUGUUCUAACUGCACGGACUAUCAGGCUCGCCGGCUCCGAAUCCGAUACGGGCAAACCAAGAAGAUGAUGGACAAGGUGGAGUUUGUCCACAUGCUCAAUGCUACCAUGUGCGCCACCACUCGCACCAUCUGCGCCAUCCUGGAGAACUACCAGACCGAGAAGGGCAUCAUCGUGCCUGAGAAGUUGAAGGAGUUCAUGCCGCCAGGCCUCCAAGAACUGAUCCCCUUUGUGAAGCCUGCCCCCAUUGACCAGGAGCCAUCAAAGAAGCAGAAGAAGCAGCAUGAGGGCAGCAAAAAGAAAGGGGCAGCAAGAGAUGUCACCCUGGAAAGCCGGCUGCAGAACAUGGAAGUCGCCGAUUCCUGAACAUUCCUUCCUUCCAGUUCGCCAGGCUUUCAUGUCUGUCAGCUGAGAUCUGCGAGCCUGCCCACGGGUCCACCCACUCGUCACCUGCCCCAUCUGACUGCAUUGCUAGAAGGAGAACCGCGGCCAUGUACAACGCAGUGUUCUGUCUCUUCGCAUGGGCAUAGGAUCCAAUCACGGAUGACUGAUGAAACCAUGUAAUAAAGCAUCUCUGGGGAAGGCUAGAACUCUUCCUCAGUCUUCUG